AUGACCUCAUUCAAUGUCCCUCCAGAGGUAAUUGUGAUCAUCGCGUCUCUGUCGGACACGGAAACCCUCAAGGCCUUGAGGCUAACAAACCACAUGCUAUGCGCCUUCGCAACCAAGAGUUUAAAACAACACGUGCACAAGGUUCGCCUCAAUACUGUCGAAGUCGACUAUUUGGUUGAUGCCUGGUCCUACCAUUAUUCACGCCGGUGGAAUGUCUAUUUUGCUUCAUUUAGGACAGGUCUUCCACACCUCCGUCGGUUUGCAAUUGGUCGUAAUGUAGGAUCGGAUUCGUAUACAUAUGAGGUGCCUUUUGAGAAAGAACUGGACCUUGUGCCGGCUUUGAUGCGUGACCGCUACAUGGAAUUUGAUGGCGGUAUGGGACAUGCUCAGUUUAUCCUCAGGCGGAGCAUUGGCCAUAAUGCGAUGACGAGGAUCGUGAAGCUUUGA